GAUUGGAUGAAGCAGCUUCCUGGGACUUGUGUGCAGACAGCAGCUUAUGCUAGCUGCUCGGCAGAUAAUGUAGCUUCACAUUUAAGCAAAAAUAAAAAAAUAUUUAAGGACCCGAGAUCGCUUUUAGGGAUAAGUGACAUUUAUUCACAAUAAAAGAUGGCGCAGUGGUGCCAGCUUCAGCAGCUGGACUCCAAGUACCUGGAGCAGGUGGACCAGCUGUACGAUGACUGCUUUCCGAUGGACAUCCGACAGUACCUGAGCAGGUGGAUUGAGAGCGUUGAUUGGGACAUGGUAGCGAUGCAGGACUCACUGGCCACGGUCCGGUUCCACGAGCUCUUGGCCCAGCUGGAUGAUCAGCACAGUCGCUUUGCUCUGGAGAACAACUUUCUGUUGCAGCACAACAUCCGCAAGAUCAAGCGGAACCUGCAGGAUCGGUUUCAGGAAGAUCCUGUCCACAUGGCUAUGAUCAUCUCCAGGAACCUAAAGGAGGAGCAGAAGAUCCUGGCCAGUGCCAUCAGCACCAAAGAGGAAGGUCAGGACUCAGGGUCGGCGAUGGUGAUGGAGAAGAAGAAGCUGGACAACAAGGUGAAGGAGAUAAAAGACAAAGUCCAGGUGGUGGAUCAGAACAUUAAGAAUCUAGAAGAACUACAGGACGACUACGACUUCAAAAGUAACACAUUGAAAAACAGAGAGAAUGAAGUAAACGGAACUACGGCGAUGGAGCUGCAGAAGGAGAAGUUGACCAUCGGCAGGAUGUGCUUGGAACUGAAAGCCAAACGCCAGGAGGUGGUGGUCCAGCUCGCCGACCUUCUCCACGUCAUCAACCUUCUAAUCUCGGACCUGAUCAAUGAGGAGUUGCCAGAGUGGAAGCAGCGCCAGCAAAUCGCCUGCAUCGGUGGUCCACCCAAUGCCUGUGUAGACCUGCUGCAGAACUGGUUCACGGUGGUGGCAGAGAGCCUCCAGCAGGUCCGUCAGCACCUGAAGAAGCUGCAGGAGUUGGAGCAGAAGUUCACGUAUGACAACGACCCCAUCACGCAGAACAAGGAGUUUAUGGAGGCUCGAGCGCUGGAGCUCCUCAAGACCCUCCUCACCAACUCUCUGGUGGUGGAGCGUCAGCCCUGCAUGCCCACACACCCACAGAGACCUCUGGUCCUCAAAACAGGCGGACAGAUCACCGUCAAACUACGGUUCCUGGUGAAGCUGCAGGAGUUUAACUACCAACUCAGAGUCAAAGCUGUACUUGAUAAAGACGUCACAGAGAAAAAAGGGUUUCGAAAGUUCAACCUUUUGGGAACAAACACAAAAGUGUUGAACAUGGAGGAAUCAAACGGCAGCCUGGCGGCGGAAUUCCGACAUUUGCAACUGAAAGAGCAGAAAGUCGCCGGAAAUCGAACUAAUGAGGGUCCGUUGAUCGUCACAGAGGAGCUUCAUUCGCUGAGCUUCGAGUCUGAGAUCAGUCAGUGUGGACUCAACGUCAAACUGGAGACCGUGUCACUUCCUGUUGUGGUCAUCUCCAAUGUUUGCCAGCUGCCCAGCGCCUGGGCCUCCAUCCUCUGGUACAACAUGUUAACCACUGAGCCCAAGGACCUGAAGUUCUUCCUGUCCCCCCCGCCAGCAAAGUGGUCUCAGCUGUCCGAGGUCCUGAGCUGGCAGUUCUCCUCAGUCACCAAACGAGGCCUGAACCAGGAGCAGCUCAACAUGCUGGAAGACAAGCUGCUCGGCGCCAAAGCUCAGAGGAACCUGGAUGGACAGAUUCAGUGGACCAAGUUCUGCAAACAAAGUGCAAAUGAGAAAUCUUUCCCCUUCUGGUUGUGGAUCGAGGGGAUUCUGGAUCUGAUUAAAAAACACCUGCUGUCUCUGUGGAACGACGGGUCCAUCAUGGGCUUCCUCAGUAAGGAGCGGGAGAAGGUUCUGCUUAGCGACAAGUGUCCCGGAACCUUCUUGCUGAGGUUCAGCGAGAGCAGCAGAGAGGGCGCCAUCACCUUCACCUGGAUCGAACAUGAUGUGUACGAUAAGCCGGUCUUCCACUCGGUGGAGCCGUACACCAAGAAGGAGCUGGGCGCCGUUUCUCUGCAUGACAUCAUCCGCACCUACAAGGUGAUGGCUGCAGAGAAUAUUCCAGAAAACCCGCUGCGCUUCCUCUACCCUGACAUUCCCAAAGACAAAGCCUUCGGGAAAUACUACCCCAAACCCUCGGAGGCUCCAGAGCCGAUGGACGUGGAGAACACGGAGAAACACGGCUACAUGAAGACGGAGCUCAUAUCCGUCUCAGAAGUACAUCCAUCCCAGUUGCAGGACAACAUGUUGCCGAUGUCUCAUAACGUCUACAAGGCUUUGGAGCAGCACGUCAGUCCACAAGACAUCGAUGCCAUGACAAACAAUCUGCUUGGACUUGGACAGUUUGACAUUCAGAUGAGUGCAGAGUUUGAAGACUGUGGCUUGGACCAGAAAUGAGGAUUUCCCACAAUCCACUUCUUCAGCUACAAUUUACAUCGACAUCUUCAGAUGAAUUUUUUCAUGUAAAAAAGUGACUAAAUUGAGUAUAAAAUAACUUACCACUUUAAAACCUCACCAUAUGUACAAAUAAUUAAUUGGGACUGAGGUAGCGAGAGUUCAAGUGACAACAUCCAGAAAUGUGAAAAAAAGUGUUAAUUGUUGCUAAUUAAAUGUUUUGUUUUUAGUUUUGUAGUGCGUUGGGGUGGGGAGGGGGGGUCAUGGUUCAGGAUGACGUUCUUCCAGUGUCCUAAUGACGUGCUGAACCACAGGUAGGAUUAAAGAUAUAUGUUCCCCAAACAAAGCCUGGGUGAGAGGCGGGUUCAGCCUGGACAGUGUUUAAAUUUCAUUCUGUAAUUUUGGAUUUGCCACUGACUGCCCCCUACUGGUUGUAUUGAUAAUAAUGCUGAAUGUCAUGAAGAAACCAGAAUUGAAAGAUGUUUCUGAAAUGAGCUGUUACGUUGUUUGUAUGUACAGUCACAAUAAAGACCCUCCUCCUCC